AUGGAGGGUUUGCAGAGGUCAACGACGUCGUUUAGGAGACAAGGGUCGUCGGGUUUGGUAUGGGACGACAAGGUUUUAUCGGGGGAUUUGAACCGGAUGAAGGCUGUUAACAACAACCCAGAAAAUAAACAAAGCCGAGGUUCAUCGGAGGGUAUUAUGAGACGAAGCCGAUCAGACGGAGGUAGCGAUGGACGUAUGUACCGCACCACAAAGGCGGCUUCGCCUAGCAUCGACCCCCCUUCUCCCAAGGUCUCCGGUUGUGGUUUUUGCGGGGUUUUUGGUAAACCGGAUGCCGUCAAAAAACGAAGAUCAAACAAACCUUAUGUUUCACGGGCUUUUGCUAUAGCUUUCUCCCUUUUCUUCUGGGUUGAGUUUAUGCGUUAA